AGCUGGCAGUGUGGGUGCUGGUGCUGGUGCUGGUGCUGAGCCUGGCAGUGAGGAGAUGCCUGGUGCGGGGGGUGCGGGAUGUGGCUGCCAGGCGGGGAGGAGAGCAGCCGCCGCCUGUCAGCUCGUGUUGCUGACCGCAGUUCUCCUACAGAAGGACUUUGCCAGUGGGACCUGUCCUGCCAGCACCGCCCGGCACUUGUCGAGGUUGGGGUUCCCCGAGGUGGACGAGAGCAGCGAAUAUCAAAUUGUGGCUCCCUAUGAAGCUGACAGCAAUGGUGAAUACAUCUCACACACUCUGGCCCACCAGCACCGAAAGAAGCGAUCAGCACAUAAUGUGGAGGAUGAAAGCCUCUACUUCAGAGUCGGUGGUUUUGGCCAGGACUUUCAUUUGAAACUGAGGACUUCUGUUGGCCUGAUGGCUCCUGGAUUUACAGUUCAGAUGCUGGGAAAAGAAGGGAUAAAAUCUGUGCAGCAAUAUCAUCCAGAAGAACUCUGCUUCUACCAAGGUGCUCUUGUAUCGCAUAGCAACUCGUCAGUGGCACUUUCUACAUGCAAAGGUUUGUCAGGUUUGAUAAGGACGGCAGAAGCGGAUUACUUUCUGACACCGCUACCUCAGCACCUCGCACUUAAACAUAAUUACACAGCCCCGGAAGGGCACCAUCCUCAUGUCCUUUACAAGAGAUCAGCAGAGCCCAAAGUUCAUCUGCACAACAAUGAGGUAACCAUGAGCCAAAAGCAGGCGGGUGCUGGACGUCACAGCCUUAAAUACAAUCACCAACAUCGACGGCGGAAUGACUACAAACAUGGACGGCUUCAAAAGCAGCACUUCUGCGGGAGGCGCAAGAAAUAUAUGCCUAAGCCUCCACAGAAAGACCUGUACCUUCUAUCAGACGAGUAUGGAUACCCACCCAGAAACAAGCGCUCCCUGUUUAAGACCCGCAAAAAUGAGAAGCUGAAUGUGGAAACCCUAGUGGUGGUGGACAAAAAGAUGAUUCAAAACCAUGGCAAUGAAAAUAUCACCACUUAUGUUUUAACUAUAUUAAAUAUGGUGUCUACCUUGUUCAAAGAUGGCACAAUUGGAGGCAACAUAAAUAUUGUAAUAGUUGGCAUUGUCCUUCUGGAAGAAGAUCAGCCCGGGCUUUUAAUAAAUCAUCACGCCGACCGCACUUUGAACAGCUUCUGUCAGUGGCAGUCGGGAUUGGUGAGCAAAGAGGGCAACCGUCACGAUCAUGCCAUUCUGCUAACGGGCCUUGACAUUUGUUCCUGGAAGAAUGAACCUUGUGAUACUUUAGGUUUUGCACCUAUCAGCGGAAUGUGCAGCAAAUAUCGCAGUUGUACAAUUAAUGAAGACACAGGAUUGGGACUGGCCUUUACCAUUGCUCAUGAAUCUGGACACAAUUUCGGUAUGAUUCAUGACGGAGAAGGGAAUGUAUGCAAGAAGUCAGAGGGCAACAUUAUGUCACCAACGUUAGCAGGCCACAAUGGGGUGUUUUCAUGGUCAGCCUGCAGUCGGCAAUAUCUGCAUCGCUUUCUGAGCACUUCACAAGCAACUUGUCUUGCUGAUGAACCGAAACCUGUGAAGGAGUACAAAUACCCAGACAAGCUGCCAGGAGAGCUCUACGAUGCUGACAGUCAGUGCAAGUGGCAGUUUGGGGAAAAGGCCAAACUUUGUCGGCUGGAUUUUAAAAAGGACAUUUGUAAAGCACUUUGGUGCCAUCGCAUUGGCAGAAGAUGUGAGACGAAGUUCAUGCCAGCUGCCGAGGGGACUGUUUGUGGCUUUGACAGGUGGUGCCGUCGAGGGCAGUGUGUUAAGUAUGGGGAGGAAGGACCAAAACCUAUCAAUGGUCGCUGGUCAGAGUGGUCCAUGUGGUUACCUUGCUCCAGGACCUGUGGAGGAGGAGUAACAAGCAGAGAGCGUCAGUGCACUAAUCCAAGGCCUCAGUACGGAGGAAAGUUCUGCGAUGGUUCACCUCGUAUAUACAAGCUGUGUAAUCAUCAGAAUUGUCCCCAAAAUAGCAUUGAUUUCAGAUCCCAGCAGUGCGCAGAGUACAACAGCAAGCCAUUCCGGGGAUGGUACUACAGGUGGAAGCCUUAUACUCGUGUUGAGGACCACGACCUUUGCAAACUCUACUGUACAGCAGAGGAUUUUGACUUCUUCUUUGCUCUCUCAAGCAAAGUCAAAGAUGGGACGUCCUGUUCUGAGGAAAGGCCUGAUGUGUGCAUCGAUGGUUUGUGUGAGGCUGUUGGAUGUGAUCGUGUGUUGGCCUCCAAUGCUGUGCCAGAUGCCUGUGGGGUCUGCAAAGGCAACAACUCGACUUGUAAAAUUUACAAGGGCCAAUACAGCAAACAGCAUUAUGUCAACCAAUACUACACAGUCGUUAAUAUUCCUGCUGGGGCACGAACCAUUCGUGUGUAUGAGCUAAACAUCUCCACCGCUUAUAUUGCUAUUAAAAACCAACAUCAAAAGUACUACCUCAAUGGCCAUUGGACUUUAGACUGGCCUGGUCAGCACAGGUUUGCUGGUACAGUGUUCGACUACAAGAGACCAUACAAUCGACAGGAAAGCCUUUCUGCAGCAGGACCCACCAAUGAAACCUUAGUAAUCGAGAUUCUACUUCAGGGCAAAAAUCCAGGGAUCGGAUGGGAAUAUGCUUUGCCAAAAUCGGAGCUGGAGAACAAACCAUCUCUGAAACAUAAUUACACAUGGGCCAUUAUACGCUCUGAAUGCUCAGUCUCUUGUGGAGGAGGUCAGAUGGCAACCAGAUUAGCUUGUUACCGGGAUCUUCGAGUCCAAGUAAACCUCUCAUUCUGUAACCCGAGGAGCCGGCCAGCUACGGGUGUGAUCUCCUGCAAUGUACAGGCUUGCCCUGCCAGCUGGGCCAUUGGGGACUGGGGAGAGUGCAGCCAGACAUGCGGAACAGGUGAACAGCUCAGACAAGUCCAAUGUGUCCGAAGAGUUGCCUUCAACAAGCUGGAAAAUGUGCACGACUCUCUGUGCCCAGUGCCUGUGCCUGUGCGAAGGCAAAGGUGUAACACCCGAGACUGUCCACCUGCCUGGAGCCUUGGAGCUUGGUCUGAGUGUUCUCGGACAUGUGGAAAAGGAUGGAGGAAGAGGAUUGUUGUUUGCAAGAGUACGAAUCCCGCUCCCAAAGCCCAGAUCCUACACGGCAGUGCGUGCAAGGCAGAACCUAAGCCCAAAAGCCAAGAAACCUGCCUGCUGAAACGCUGCCACAAACAUCGCAAACUGCAGUGGUUUAUAUUAACAUGGAGCGAGUGUUCUACAAGUUGCGGUAAAGGCGUUCAGAAGAGACACUUAAAAUGUGCGGUGAAAGAUGCUUCUGGUAAAUACAAAGACUAUGCUUACAAACGGUGCCAUCACUUGCCAAAACCUAACAUCGAACUGGAGAGAGCUUGCAUCCUUAGUGCCUGCCCAAGAUCAUCCAAUGACAGGGUGCUUAGCAAUGCACUAGCAAGCUGGUAUGCCUCACCAUGGUCUCAGUGUUCAGUGACCUGCGGGGGAGGAGUGCGAGCUCGUGGCGUGCAGUGCCUUGCAUACGGCAGACCUACCACAGGCUGCCUCCAGCAUCAGAGACCUGUAGCUUCAGAAGCUUGCAACACUAACUUCUGUCCUGUGCCUGAAAAGAAAGAUGUGUUUUGCAAGGAUUAUUUCAAUUGGUGCUACCUGGUGCCUCAGCACGGUGUCUGCAGCCACAAGUUCUACGGGCAACAGUGCUGCAAGUCCUGCUCCAAAUCAAAUAUAUAGACUGCCUCCAUCGAUGUCCCAACUACAUUAACAUUGAAAUAACAAUACUGCACAUUGUACUAUGGGCUGCAUCGGCUAACUGAUGAGAGUAAAGAUAUCUGACUUUAGCUACGGAACCUGGUAGCAUUCCACUCAACAAGCAGCGGCAAAAGGGAACUGUUCUUACAACCACCAGAUCAGAGAUAAAUCAGAGAUAACUUUGCAGCACUGCCUGGACUGGGAUCAUCGGAUUCCCAGGCAACAAUGAACAGUAUCAAACUGUACAACACAAAGUACUUAAGUGAAGGACUAAAAAAAAUGUUUCCAUCUGAAACUCAUUCAAAGGAACGAUUGAUGUCAGCGUGAGUCUCUGUGGAAUGAACUGUACAAAGACUUUGGGGGGGGCAAAAAAGCAGGAGGAAGGCAUUUUAAAAUACUGUAUGAACAGGGUGAGGGAGAGUAAGUUGAAGUGAAUUGUCCCAGCAUAUUUAUUUUACCUCAUACAGAUUGAAUGCUGACAAUUAAAGAAAACCGCAUUGUGCUGUACUGGAACUACUGUAGCUAACAUACCAUUGUAGCAUACAUUUUGCCCACUGGUUUCAAGAUACUUUAAAUAACCCAAUGGUGCUAUAUGAUUCUAGUAAAGAGCAUGUAUCUGUUAAUAAUUAAAAGGUAUGCUCUUGAAACACAUAUUCAAACCUGUAUUAGCAGAUCCAAAUGGAAUAUUUUGAGGCAGAGAGAAUGAAUUGUUUCAGUGACUGGCGGGAGGUUCAAGGUUAUUUAUUUAUUGAUCUCUGCAGAUUUAUCGAACGACAGGUUUUUUUUUAGAACUGGCAGCUUUCUUUAUGGGAAAAUAAAGUUCUGCUCUGUAACUGCAAGAGAGAUGAGGACGCCGAACAAUAUUCUGCGUCAAUGAUUUUUUUUCAGAAAAGUACCUUUCAUUAUAAUAUUUCACUUUGUUAUUGUCAAACGUUGUGGUAUCACCAAAUUAACAACGGUGCUUUCAAGUGCAACCAUUAGUAGAAUGUUUAAAAAGUCUAAUUUAUUUGCAAUUAUCCUCAACAUUUUUUGAAUCUUUUUGCCUUUUGUGAAAAGCACUGCACAGGUUUUCUUUAAAAAAAAGGUCAGAAUUGAUAAAGUACAAUGGCUACUUUGGACUUUAUGCAGCUCUGUGCAGUCAUACUGUAAACGUUUUUCACCCAGUUGUGAGAAAAAUAUUUAUGUUUUUAUGGAGUUUUGUAAUAAAAGUU